GCUCCGUGACCGCCGCCUCCCGCCGACGGGAUCCUCAGGCUUCACGCGCAGCCUUUCGCAGGUGGAGCCCCGGAGAUUCUUCUCCCGAAGGGCGGCCCCCGCAGGCAAGCGGAAAACCUUCGGUUGGCUGACUGAGUCGGGGCUGACAGGCUCGCCUGCUGGAGGCGCCCCGCGGGCCACGCCGGACAUCCCUCCCCGGCCCCUGGACCGAGCCCCCUGCGACUACAGAAAGAGUAACAGCAGCAACAAUAGCAAUAAUAAGAGGAAUAGUAGCAACAGUAACAGUAAUAAUAAUAGCAACAGUAACAAUAACACGCUACCUGAGUCAAAGCCGGCAUCCUGCCGCUUCCGCGUGCGUCACCUGAGCGCGCCGGAAGCGGGCGUAUGUUUUCGGGUCGGGCUUCCACCCGGGAGCCUGCGCACGCGCAGAGGUGCCUGCCUGCCUGGUCCCGGGGCGAUGCUGUUCUCGCUGCGGGAGCUGGUGCAGUGGCUAGGCUUCGCGCCCUUGGAGCUGCUGCUGCAGGCGCUGGCGCUGCUGGCCGCCUCGGCGCUGCUGGUGCUGAAGGCGGACGGGUCCGGGCCGGGGCUGAGCUGGUGGGGUGUCUUCGCACCCUUCUUCGCCGCCGACGGGCUGAGCACGUACUUCACCACCAUCGUCUCGGUGCGGCUCUUCCAGGAUGGCGAGAAGCGCCUGGCGGUGCUGCGGCUCUUCUGGAUCCUCACCUUGCUCAGCCUCAAGUUCGUCUUCGAGAUGCUGCUGUGCCAGAAGCUGGGCGGGCAGAGCCACGAGCUCUGGUUCGGCCUCAUCCUGUCGCCCGUCUUCAUCCUCCUCCAGCUCCUCAUGAUCCGGGCCUGCCGGGUCAACUAGGCCCGCGGCGCGCAGCCCCCCGGUGCCCGCCCCGCCAGGAUGUUGCCCGCCCUGCCAGUGAGAGAGGGGGGGGGCGAAGCUCGGGGCUCAGCGCCUGUUCACGAUCUCCUCUUCCACCGUCCUCUUUCGUGUCAGCGCCGGCGGCGGCAGGAGCCCCCGGUGCGCUUUCCUACCGUCAGCCUUUCUCCACCAUCAUUAGGCGCUUGCUCAAGGAGCUGGUCAGCUUGUGACAAGACAGUAAGGAUUUGGAGGAACAAACUUUGAGGGGAGAGAGAGAAAAAUCUCAGUCCACACACUGGGAAAGCACUUUUGCAUUUGGGGUGUGUGGGGGGCUUGGACCAAACACAGCUCCUUCCACAAUGCUGUCAUUGGACUUUAUAUUCUCUCCUGUUCUGUGAGGCCAUUAGGCCCCAAUGAGGUCUGGUUAUUUAAGAAUAAAAAUGUAUUGCUUGUA